GCCACCAUGGUGAUGACCGAACAGCAAAGCCCGCCGAUGAAACUUGUGACGUACACCAAUUCCACGCACGGUGAGACGCACGUUAAGACCCAGGCUGCCGCCAGGGGCAAGGAUGUCAUGCGUAAAGCUAAACGACGACCUCUCCGCAUUAUCCAGUCGCCGAUCAUGGCACCGAACCAGGCGCCCAACAUGGACAGCGACGCGACCCACGAGGCUUCCUGUUGCGUAACCGAAAAAGCCAACCUGCAACCGACAAACCGCGUUCAAAGGACCGUGCACGUGCUGCACAAUUCGGAGCAACCGGCCUCGGUGUUCGCCCUCCUUGAGUCGGGCAGCAAAGUGGUGCCGUUGAUAGCGGAUGGCCUGUUCGAUCUGCUGAUGUUAAAAAUGACGAACAUUUACACCAGUAAGAAGCAAACGAAGAUCGAGUCCAAGGGACCGCGAUUUGAGAUCGGCGACUUCUGCGUCAAAUUGGGCAGCGUGACGAUGAGCCAGAAUUUCAAAGGCGUUCUGGUAGAGGUCGAGUACAGACCGUGCGUCGUGGCGGCGAGCGCGUGGGAACUCAUACGCGAGUUUCUGCAGGGAUUCCUGGGCUCAGCCGUGUCCAAUCAAGCGCCCCAAUAUCUACAGAACCGAAUGAACGAAAUUUAUCAGCCGAUGGACACGAUACAGCAGUAUCUAGAGCACUUCGGUCAAUACAGGAAAGCCACAGGAGUAAACCCGAGCACCACGAUAGGGGAGGUGAAACAGCAGUUGUACAAAUUAAAGAAAGCGCCGUACGUGCAGAGGCAAAGUCUGAGAACGGAAGCCAAGGGGAAGGCGUUGUCCGACUCGGAGACAAUUAAAUCUCUGUCGCUGAAGGAGGGUGGCAAGUUGUAUUACAAGGAUCUCGGUCCUCAGAUCGGUUGGAAGACUGUGUUCCUGCUGGAGUAUGCGGGACCUCUGGUAGUGUACCUCUGGCUGUAUCAGCGUCCCUGGCUGUUCUACGGACACGUGAACACCAGUAAUUUUCACUAUGUAACUGAUUGGGCGGCAGCUGCCUGGACAGUGCACUAUGCGAAGCGUCUCUUGGAGACCGUAUUCGUUCAUCGUUUCAGCCACGCAACAAUGCCGUUGCGUAACUUAUUUAAGAAUUGCUCCUAUUACUGGCUCUUCACUAUGUACGUGGCGUAUCAUACAAAUCAUCCGUUGUACACGGCCCCCUCCGCGCUCCAAAUCUACAUCGGAGCGGCGACAUUCGCGCUGUGCGAGCUGGGCAAUCUCAGUAUCCAUUUAGCUCUGAGAAAUUUGAGACCGCCAGGCACUACGGUCAGGAAAGUCCCGAUGCCGACCGGCAAUCCUUUCACCGCGCUCUUCAACCUUGUCUCCUGUCCCAAUUACACGUACGAGAUAGGCAGUUGGAUUGGCUUCACCAUAAUGACGUCGUGUCUUCCAGCUGGUCUGUUCGCGUUUGCCGGCGCAUAUCAAAUGACCGUGUGGGCACUGGGCAAGCAUAGAGCGUACAAGAAGGAAUUCUCGCAUUAUCCGAAAAACCGCAAAGCCAUCAUUCCAUUCGUUCUCUAAGUUAAGGCGCUUAUUCACAGAAUAACGUCGGUAAAAUUCGCGAUACUACAUUAAUUUUAUUUUGUUGCUGUUUUUAUUUUUGAGAAAUAUUAAGAUUAAGGAUAUAUUUAAUGGAUAUAUUUAGCAAUUACAGCUAAUGUCGCAAGCAUGUGACAAAUGAUGGUGUCAAUUUUCAGUAGUAAAAGAACAAAAGAUA